CGAAUUAAACACCUGUUUUCUGAGCAAUCUUUUGAAUGAACUUAUUCGGCGUUCCAGUGGUGUAUUUGAUCUGCGCAUUUGCCAGCACCAGGUAACGUUAGCGCAAACUUCGCUCUUAAAGCCAUUUUUUGCUUGAUCCGAAAAUGUCGGAGACGCCAUAAGGAUGGUGUGACGCAAUUGCAGAGUCUCCGGAGUCAUGCAGGGGCCAAAAUGACCUCCGGUAACUGCUCAAAUUUUGUACCAAUAAGGAGGGUUCCGUAAAGCUCCACAUUGACAUGACUGGUUGGCAUAAGUUUCUGUAUAAACACAAACUAACUUCCUUGACAACUUCCUUCACAACAGUUCUGCACUGCUCCAUAAAGCGCAAGAAGUAUGAAUACCCUGACUUCUGUAGAGGCCACAUUACCGUAAACGCUGCACGGCCAAUGCAGACGACAGAUUUACCAUGCAACGCCUUUUACCCGCGAGUGAAGUGGUGAUUCUCACAGUGAAGCGAGCCACAGGCACCUUCUCACUGAUAGGAUGCUUUUUCAUGCUGUUUGUAAUCUGGCUUCUCCGCCGGUAUCACUCCUUGGCCCAGAAGAUGAUUUGCAGUCUGACAGUUGCGGCCUUCUUUGACAGUGUAGCGUAUGUCAUCGGUGAUACCCAUCCAGAGGGGAGUCUGUGUAACUUCCAGGCCUGGUGGCUCACUUAUUUUGACUGGAGUGCCUUGGCCUGGGUGUGCCUGAUCACAGUGAACCUCUACCUUAACCUGGUCAAAGAGAUGAGCACCAGCCGCUACGAGCUACUGUACCACCUGAUGGCCUGGGGGGUGCCCCUGGUGAUGGCCUCCCUGCCCCUGUUCAGUGGAUACUACGGCCCAGCAGGAGCCUGGUGCUGGAUCACAGGCAACCACGUAGCUUGGAGAUUUGGGAUAUGGUACGUCCCACUCUUCACCCUCAUCUUCCUCAUGAUCUGCUGCUACGCCAGAAUAAUCUACGUAGCCAAUGAGAGGAUGCAGUCGUGGUUUGGCACCUUCAACCCAGAGAGGGAGAGGAGAAAGGUGUCUUUGGCUGAGGAGAUAAAGCCGUUGAAGUGGUAUCCAUCUGUUUAUCUCCUGGUGUCUCUGUUCCCCCUCAUCAACAGGCUCCAUAAUGCGUUCUACCCCCAGGAUCCAGUGUUCUCUCUUACUUUGCUCCAUGUCCUUUCAGCCCCUCUCCAUGGCUUGGCCAACGCAUUCGUCUUUGGCCUGGACAGAGACACCUGGAGCCAGCUCAGUCCUACAGGCAUACAGGUCACAAAUCUUGCUGCUGUGAUGGCACACUGUGGAAUUUCACCCAGUAGUUGGCGCUGCAGUCUCGGCUGUGUGACAGGACGCGUAUCAGGGAGUACCAUCCUGGGGCGGUGCACUACACACAGGCUGAGCUGGGGGACUUCAGUGACGAGGAUGAUGAUGACACCAACGUCCUUUUCUACUCUCCUGACAUGACCCUGAAAGACAGAGGACCCUAAGAGACAGACAGACAGACAGACAGACAGACAGACAGACAGACAGACAGACAGACAGACAUUCUGAGGGGGGGUACGUAGGGAGAAAGGGAGCAAAGGAGGGAUAGUGAGUGGUUUCUGUGGUAGAUCUGUCAGGAUCCAUUAUUAAUCCACAUCCUUUACUAUUUAAUAACCUCCAACUACACACACACACACACACACUAUCCUGCCUUUCUGUCUGACUUACACAGCAUCGUAACAGAACCAGCGAAGCAGCUAUAGUGCUUUAAACAGCCUUCAAACCUAAUGCUACACACUAGCCUGGGUGCCAGUCUGACUCUGCUUCAGUCCUAGUCAACAACUGCAGAGCUGGCUAAGAAAACAACAGACUGUCCUGGUACCCAGGCUAGCAUAUCACUAGUCCCAAGGGGCUUCCUCUCACCUCCUUUCCUUCAUCUGCACUGAUCUGAAAAGACAGCAUAGGUGAGAGCAAAAUGUGUGUUGAAUGUUCAAAGGAGAGGAAAACAGUUAAGACUAUUGACAUGUACCCAGGUACUGCAUAGUCACUUGGCUGACAGAAUUAAUUCUCUCCAUGUUAUUUUUACAUUCAUAUGUUUUUGUCAUUUAGCAGACGCUCUUAUCUAGAGCGAUUUACAGGAGAAAUUAGAGUUGAGUGCCUUGCUCAAGGACACAUCGACAGAUUUUUCACCAAGUCGGCUCGUGGAUUUGCACCAGCGACCUUUCGGUUACUGGCCCAACACUCUUAACCUCUAGACUACCUGCUGCUUAUGCUAUUAGCUUGUGUUUAUUAUGUUAUUUAUGGCUUCUUUUUCAUACUGUAUGACUACUGUUAGCAAAUCCCUCCCAAGAACAUGUUGCGAUCACGAUAAUGCCCAGCAUUAUAUGUGACUUACUGAGCUCUGAGGGUUAUAAUACAACGCAAGUUAAACAAGUUAGCUAGCUAACUUACCUGAAUAUUCUGAUAUAACUUUUUAUUUUUUAGAAAGAUAAGCUUGAAAUGGGCAUGGUGUAAUUGACUCGACAACCAAAACGCAAAACUAAGUUUAGCUUUCUUAAUUAACCAGAAAAUCAGCAGUUAUUUCUGGUUGUUUAUCAGUUAGCAGGCUAACUCAUUGAUCUUGCUUUGUAGUAUAACCCUCUGGUGCUAAUGCUACAGUAGCUGACCAUACAGCUUCUCUAACUCAACUCAACAUGCAUAAAAGGCCUCCAUUCAAAACAGACAGAUAAAUGGAGGGAGACAAAAUGCAAAGAAGGGGGGUGAUGGAAUUGUGAAACCAAGAUGGGGAGAGGGAGUGAAGAUAUAUCUUAGAACAAUUAAUGUCCCAACGAUAGCUGGGGAUUUAAACGAACAAAAUCCAUUAUUUGAACCGCUUAACUUCUAUCAUAUCUGUUGUUGUCUUUACAUAUGGCGUUACUAAUGUUGCUACUCUUCUAAAAUGUCCAUUGUUUUUCGUACUUUUAUGCAUCUGUAUGUUGUUUUUCCAUGAAAUGCUGUGGUCUGCCCACAGGUUUGAGUUUGUUUGAUAAACUGUUAUACUGUAUUUAUAAGAGACAAUGUACUGUAUAUAUAUAUUAGUGUAUACGCUAUAUUUUUGUAUGGAUGCUUUUGACUGGAAUGUGGAAAGGUUAACGUGACCCCUAAAUGGUCUCCAUGUCCUCCUGUUUAGGCCUCAAUGGGGGUGGAAGCAGUACAAUUGAACACGCACACUUUCUUAAAAUGUGUCUCACACACUUACACUCUUUCUUUGAUGCCUGUCUCACACAAAUGCAUGUACACACUCACACACACACACACACACUCACACACACACACUCACACACACUUUGACACACAGUCACCUGUCUCUUUGAUGUAGAGGCUGCCACAAGGACAGCCUCUGACGGCCUGUCAUUUACCUUCGACACUGUCAUUGGCUGACAUCUAGAGAACCGCAAUGUGAUUAGCAGGCUAUUAGAGGUGCUGUGUGGUUGACGGGCUGAUGAAAAGAGAGAUGUGAUUUUGCUGAACAUCCUGACAAGGAUGUCGCUCCUUUCCCAAAUCAACCCCCGUAGCCCCAGUGCACUUAUGGAGAACUGGAUAGCUAUUAGUGAAACAGACAUCUACACAAGUGCAUAGGAGAUAUGGGGCAAGGGGUCCAUUUGGGGAUGCGCAUAUAGACCUAACACAGAAUCCUAUCUACACAUAAUUAUACAGUCCCCUCUCAAACCACGUACAAUCGCUGCACCAAUCCUAGUUUAGGCAAACUUCUAUUGUUCUGCUGCAUUCAAUCUAAUAAACAAGCAGGAUACACA